AUGGCCCGCUCCAAGCUGCAGUCUGCCGUUGGCGGUGGCGCCAAAGACAGCACCAGCUUGCAUCGCUGGGUGCUCCUGAAAAACUCGAUAGUUCGCUCUUCCCCUUCGGACGCCACCACUGCUACUCCAGAGGGGGCUGAUGUAACAGACGUGUAUCCACAUGACGACGAGGAGGUGCACGAAGACGAAGAUUCGGACGCUUUUAUGUUCCCGGAUCCCGAUGCUGUACGCGGCUCCCGAGAUUCUGGUCUGUGCGACCCCGAAAAUCAGUGGUUGGACUCUCUGUUGCAGACGCUUGGUGAUGAUGACCAGGCGGAGAGCGAAGUCCCAGUGAACGCCGCAGACGACGACGACGAACCGCUAAGUCCUCUGUGCUCCCCCAUGUCUUCGUCAGACGACCUCGUGAACCAUUCCAGCUACUACGAGAUCCAGCCGCCUCUUUCGAUUCCGUAUCCUGUCCCGUAUCCACCACUUCACCCGCCACUUGUCCCGGCGUGGUUCGAAGAUGAAUCCCCCAGUGACUCUCUGUUGGACUCCAGCCCGCCGCUCUACCACGAUCCCCUUCCAUACUAUGACGUUGAUGAUACAGAAGACUUGGCGGUUCCAGACGCGAUCGAGGACACUUCCGACGACGAGUCAGACGCGCCUUCCACCCCGUGUUAUCGCUCGACGACGUCGCUCUCGCCAACUGACCCUGCUUCUAUUCCACUUCCCCCCGAGCAAACGCGGCUGCGCUCUCAUCCUCUCCAACCUCGUGUAUAUAUUGAUACGGACGACUCUUACUUCUAUCCUUUUGAUCUCACCUCCAUGCCUUCCCACGACGACGACCAUCCCAUUAGUGCGCGCGUGUUCCAACCCCCUAUUUACCAGGAGUGCUAG